GGACCGCGAUGAUGUUCGAUACAUGUACAGGCUGUAACCAAUGCCGUGCCUUUGUCUAUCUUCAAUGCCACGGUCCGUGCACGCCGACCUUAUGAAUCACACAGCAGUACCCACGCGAACCCGAACCUUGUUCUUUGCGAAUGGCGCGCGCAGCCUUGUUGGAAAGCUCGCUUUUCCGCGAACGUCGCAAUCCUUUUAACUACAAGUCCCAGAUUGCAUUGCGCAGGUCAUGUCAACGAACGUACGGACCAUCAGAGUGCCAGCAAGACAUCGAACCCGUCGUAGACGUCCGAUGUAGUAGCGAUCGCAUUGGCACGCUUCCCCACACCUCGUCUGUGUAGGCCGCUUCCUUCUGCAGGCGGUGAUCGAAACAGGUAAGGCGCCGAGGCGGAGUUCACUUUGAGCAGUCAUCCCAAGAGCGCCUUAAGGCGGAGCUUUACCCAGGACUCGAUAUUGUGUUGCGCUGCUUCGUCAACUUCCUUGGGACAUUCCCAGUCGCAGUCGCUCCGAUAGCGCUGAGCGCGGCCGACUUCGAGUCUCUACAGUAGUAACCAUCGGUCCUAGCUUUACCGCAACCACGUUAGAUUGAACUGCGAUAGUGUCAGUAAAACAAGCACAUCAAGUAAUCGGCUGUAACUAAUACCAACUAGAGAUCCAAAUUAAAG